AUGGCUGUGGAAGGUGGAUUGAAUGAUGAAGAAAUACGUCUCAUAGUAAAUCAGGAAUCAAGUGACGAGGAAGACCUAGUUUUUCGUGGUUCAGUUACAGAAGAUUCUGAUGAUGAACCUGAUGGUGUUUUAGAAGAUUUUCGUCAUAUGAAUGUGAUUGGUCAAACAAAUAAUGAAGAGUAUGCCUUUAGUAGCGAUGAUGAUAUGACUUUGCAAGAGCUAUCUCAAGAUUUAAGAAGACAAGGAAAACUAAAGGUAUUGAAUAUUCCAAGAGUUCUUUACCGGAAAGGAAAAAAUAAUAGAUACAAGUGGAGUGGAGAAAAGCCAGUGAGGCGUAGAACUCAGCAGCGCAACAUUAUUAUGCAUUUAUCUGGAAACAAAGGUGAAGCGAAAAGUAUUACAAAGCCAAUAGAAGGUUGGGCUCUCUUUGUAAAUGACGAAAUACUAAAUAAAAUUGCAUAUCAUACAAAUAAAUAA